GUACAUCAGAGGAAGCCAAAAGCCAGCUAGAAUAGUUCCUGAGUGAAGUUUAUAUCGAAGGCGAGAAACCAUCUGGAGCAGAAUCAAGAUGCUCUGGUUUCAAAGAAAUAGCAUGCAACUUGCCAAAUCCUCCUUUGGACUCUUCUUGAGAAAUCUCUCUGCCUCUAAGACAACUCUGCCCGUGCUGACCUUAUUCACAAAGGAUCCAUGCCCGCUUUGUGAGGAAGCCAAGGAGGUACUGGAGCCUUACAAAAACAGGUUUAUUUUACAGGAGGUGGACAUCACGCUUCCAGAAAACUCUACUUGGUAUGAAAGGUACAAAUUUGACAUUCCUGUCUUCCAUUUGAAUGGCCAGUUUCUGAUGAUGCAUCGAGUGAACACCUCAAAACUUGAGAAGCAGCUCCUGAAACUGGAGCAGCAGAGUGCUGGAGGCUGAUGGAUGCCCUCCUGAUGUCCAGCCCUCUCUUUCCAUAAAGCUUCUUUUGAAGAGCUAUCCAUGGCUUCAUAUUCCUUUUGUCACUUUCACAGAUCCCUAAGGAUGUUCUGAACUCAGUGGUGCCCAAUAAAUGUUGAAGUUCCUCUUCUGAUUAAUAGAAGUACCAAUGCA